GGCCACGCCCUCUGGCUGAAUGGAGUGCGCCGUGCGUAAAGUCCGACCCGCGGCCGAGUACAACUUUUAAAGCUUUCUUUUGCACGCAACAUUUUUUUUUUUUUUACCUGUGCAAGGUGAUUUCGAUGCAGCCAUGACGAGGGAAGAAGACCUGAUUCGGAUUGCCAAGAAGCUGGAAAAGAUGGUGUCACGAAAUAACACGGAUGGUGCCAUGGACCUGUUGAAGGAACUCAAAAGUUUCAACAUGACGCUUAAACUGCUACAGGAGACCAGGAUUGGCAUGUCUGUGAACAGCAUCAGAAAGCACUGCGCAGACGAAGAGGUCAUUGCUUUGGCAAAAGUCCUCAUUAAGGAAUGGAAAAGGCUUUUGGACUCCAGCCAUGCUCCUAUGGAGAAAGCAGCAGAGGAGAAGAACGGUUUGGACUCCAGCAUUGUAGCAGUGUCUCCAAACAACUCACCGAGGAGAUUGGACUUCACACAGAGACAUGAUUCAGUACCUGAUGCUAAUCAGUCCAUAAAACACAGGAAAGGAAAACAUACUGAUGAGCCCAAAAAUAAACGGUCACACAGAGACGAGUUUGUGGAUGAGAAGCAACUGCAUGAGGAACGACUCAAAGAAACAGUUAAAGAAGAAGGUAAAAAGCCCAGAGAAGCAGAAAACAACCAGCCCGAGAAGAGACAAAAGCACAUACAAGACAAUCUAAAGGAGAUAAGAGAACGUGAAGAGCCUAGAAAGUUCGACGAUGUGAAAAACAAAGAGACCAGACAUGGGAGGCUUAUUAACACAUUGCCAGACAAACCUGUGAGUGACGCCUACAGGGAGAGACCGGCUGGUGUCCAAAAGCCGUUAUUUGAAAGGAGAGGAGUUCUGGACAGCAGCAUCUUGUAUCCUACUCGCUUUCCUUCACCUCCCCGACCCGCUCGGCCUCCUCUCCCGCUCAAGCGCCCCUCUGUGGACGGAAAGAGAGAGAGGAAGGAUGGUAAAGACUCCUCGCUGGGGCGCUCUCACGCUUCAGGGCUUGCCUCCCCAAAGGCUAAGGCCGCUUCCCUGGAAUCCAAGAAAGAGAGAAAAGUUCCAAAUGAUCCAAAAACCCCAUGCGCGCCGCUCCAUUUUAACCUUCAUUCUCCGCCACCAAGGUCAGUGUGUUCGGAAGAUGUCAGCUCUCCCCAUGACCCGAUUGACUUGUCGCUCAAGCUGUUUUGUCCUUUUAGAAAAGAGCCCCCAGAUCCUAAUGCUCCUCUGCCUCCGUUGCCUCUUCAUCUUCACCCCCCACCUCCUCCAAAGCGUCCCUCGCUGGAUGGGAAAAAGGAGAGGAAGGAAACCUCAGAUUAUAAAACGGCCUCACAGAAGACACCAGACUGUGUGAAAAGAGACAGGAAAUACAGUUUGGAUAGCAAAGUGGCUACAAAACAGUCAGUGGAUGUCAGGAAAGAAAGAAAGAACUCCCUUGACUCGAAAUUAAGCCAGCCAUCGAAACACCAUUCAACUGAUUCUAAACCCGCCAGGCGCGAGUCUGAGACAAAGCAGAAUAAUCUACCAUCUGCAAAGAAGGUUACAUCUGAAAGGCGAGAGUCUCAUGGUUCAAAAGCCUCUCAAAUCGGCUCUCAACAAAUAAAGCCAUCAAGUGACCACAAUGAACGAAAGGGCAAAAUCGAAGCCCCUAAAACUCCAACUACUCCCACUAGCCCGAUGUCACCUGGUUUCACCUCCAUCGGGGGUCCAUUACCACCUCACCUGACUACCGGUGACUCAAUCCGAGACAAGUGCAUUGAGAUGCUGGCAGCUGCCCUACGCACUGACAAUGACUACAAAGACUUUGGCACCAACUGUGAAAUGAUGGCAGCAGAGAUCGAAGAUCAUAUUUACCAGGAGAUCAAGGCUACUGACAUGAAAUACAAGAACAGAGUAAGGAGCCGCAUUAGUAACCUGAAGGACCCAAAGAACCCUGGUCUUCGCAGGAACGUUCUCGCAGGAAGCAUUGAUUUGAACCGUAUUGCCACUAUGAGUGCUGAGGAAAUGGCGAGCGAUGAGCUGAAACAACUGAGGAACGUCCUCACCCAGGAGGCCAUCAGGGAGCACCAGAUGGCAAAAACUGGGGGUACCACCACCGACUUGCUGCAGUGCGGCAAGUGCAAAAAGAAGAAUUGCACCUAUAAUCAGGUGCAGACACGCAGCGCUGACGAGCCCAUGACAACUUUUGUCCUGUGCAACGAGUGCGGGAACCGCUGGAAGUUCUGCUGAUGCCUUCCUGGUGAAACCAACGUUUCUUUUUCUUCUUCUUUUUUUUUUUUUUUUUUUUUUUUUAAAUAAUUGGGCGUCUAUAAUUGAGGUUUGUGAUGUGAUUUUGAACAUUUUGUAUUUCUACAAUUGUUACUUGAAUUUUGACUUUUUAAUAAGCAUGCUAAUAAUGAAAGUUUGCUUUGUGAGGAAUUGUAGACUGAGCAUAAAUAAAAAUGACCGAGUAUUAUGAGGGAACAUAAUGUGAAUAAAAUGGCUCUAAGAUUAAGAAUUUCUCACAAAAUGUUGUUUCAUUUUCCACUGAGUGUUGUAAUGAUGGAAAUAAAGUGGACCCUUUAUUCUAUAAUUUUGGGGUUUUUACCAUGCAUUUUCAAUUUCAUAUACUAGUAUUAUUAUUAUUCCCUUCAUGAAUAUUGCUGAUCCACGUUUGUUCGUCAUCGUUCAAAUUGUAGCUGUUAACUUUUUAUAUGAUUCCAAUAAACCGUCUCAAUAAUUGAGAUAAUGAUUGUUUUUGUGCCCUAGACAUAAGAUCACAGAAUGAUGAAAAUACUUGUCUUAUUUGCAACUGGUCAUGUUAUGGAACAAAAUGCUUGCUUUACAGCAGGUGGCAACAAAGCAUCGUGGUUCUGCACGAGGGGAUGCAGCAUUUUGAAAUCUAUUUCACCACAGGAUAGCAACUGCAAAUUGGAUGCAGGCUUGUUAAUGUUGAGCCCAAAACCUGAUAAGGCAGACAGAGAAACGCUGCUGGUAUGGAAUGCAAAAAAUGAAAAUCCUCAUCACUACAAUGCAUGCACUGCUUGCAUGGCUACAAAUUAUGUACAUUGCAAUGAAUUCCAAGUGUACAAAAGUACAUUUUGAG